ACAAUGGCCGUCAGAGGCAUUGACGUCUUCCUACCACUGUGGCUGUGGCUUUGUUUGUUCGACUGUGGCAAUGCCUUCUCCCUAGUAGUACAACAGCAGCGAUGGCCAGUGAAACUUCCUGUGGCGACGCUGUCUGCCUCCACUGAUUCUUCGUCUGGGACAUCCCUUACCUCUGACGUUCUCACCAUUCCAUUAUUUGAACGAGCUCACGUGACACUUGAUCAAGUAUCGCUGCAAUACCCCGUUACAUUGGCCCGACGUCUCUUCUCUUCGGUACCACGACGAGACUAUGCUAUUCACAAUGUCAGUCUGGAGCUACAAUCGGAAAUUGUGCUGUUACAAGGAGCAUCCUCGAGUGGAAAAUCGGCGUUGAUGAAGCUCAUGGCAGGACACGAAGAAAAACCUACGAGUGGGAGUAUCCAUAAAAGAAGCACGGCUGUCCCCAUUUGGUUGGCCGACAAACCACCGUAUGACAACCAAAACACGGUGCAAGAGUUGUUGGAACGAGAAACACAACUAUCAUUUGACCUGAACGAGGAGAAGAGUAGACCUUUUGUGAAGACUGUGAUCAGCACAAUUUCUACCAUGCUCCAGUUGGACCCACAACAUCAACAACAAACGCCAGCACAAUUAUCACCCUCGGAAAACUACAAACUACGAUUGGCAUUGGCCUGCUUGCAGAGUAGUCUACCUAGGCUAUUAUUGCAUGACGCGACGAUUGUCAUCCCCGCGCCCAUCCUGCUCUUGGACGAAUGGUUGGAUUUGGAAACCCAAGCAAUCUCUUCCAAAGUUCAAGAGGCAUUGCUCCACCUGGUGACAGGCUCCGGAGCCAUCGUUGUUUGUGCCACUCACAAACCUCAUCUUUGGAAGAAAUUGACCGUCACCACACCCCAAACGACUCAAAUCACCAUGUGUCGAGGAGAAAUACUCACGUUACAGCAGAAGCAAGAGCAAUAA